UGUGAACUGCUAAACUAUUCUAACAAUAAUUGUUUGAUAUUCCACUCUACCUUGUUCUUUCGAUCUCCCUCAUUUUAUAUUUAGAUAAAUACUUUAUAUAAAAUAAUAAGCAGAAGUCUCGGCAUCAUCAUCGUCGUCGUAUCAUAUCGUAUGUCGUCCUCCGCGAGCCCUCCUCCAUCCACCGCCUUCCGCUCUCCUCCCCCACGCGCCGCUCGCGGAGAUUCCUUAACUAGGGGUGGGUUCCCUUGCCGCCAGAAGCACAAUAACAAGAGCAAGACCGAGGGCGAGGGGGAAGAGGGGAGGGAGGAAAAGGGGAUCAACGGAAGGGUAGCUGCCGCUGCCUCGGUGGCGCUCAGCGCGGUUCCCAUGGGGUGGGAGGGCGUGGACGAGCGCCUCGCGAGGAUGGUCGCCGAGGCCAACCUCGACCAGGCCCCCGAACGCCGCAGGGUCCGGGACGCUUUUAGGGACAUCCAGCUUGGGAUCGAUCACUGCUUGUUCAAGGCCCAAUAUUCGGGAAUUAAGAUAGAAGAGUCAUAUGAGGUAAACUCUAGAGGUCUGGAGAUUUUCACAAAAAGUUGGCUUCCGGAAAAUUGUAAGAUAAAGGGGCUUGUUUGUUUCUGUCAUGGUUAUGGAGACACUUGUACAUUUUUUUUCGAAGGAAUUUCAAAGAAGCUUGCAUCGGUUGGAUAUGGAGUUUUUGCAAUGGAUUACCCUGGAUUUGGUCUUUCAGAAGGACUCCAUGGAUAUAUACCAAGUUUUGAUUCUCUCGUAGAUGAUGUAAUAGAAUGCUUCUCAAAAAUUAAAGAGAAUCCUGAUUAUGAAGGCCUACCUAGUUUCCUAUUUGGGCAAUCUAUGGGUGGGGCAGUUGCAUUAAAGGUGCACUUUAAACAGCCUCAUUCAUGGGAUGGUGCUAUACUGGUUGCACCAAUGUGUAAGAUGGCAGACGAUGUUGUUCCACCUUGGCCUGUCCAGCAAAUCCUAAUUUGCAUAGCAAAGAUUCUUCCGAGGGAGAAAUUAGUUCCACAGAAGGAUUUAGCAGAGAUGGCAUUUAAGGAUAUCAAGAAACGAGAACAGUGCUCGUAUAACGUUAUUGCUUACAAGGAUAAACCACGGUUGAGAACAGCCGUAGAGAUGCUUAGAACAACCCAAGAGAUUGAACACCGCCUAGAAGAACUGCUAGGAGUAAUUGUUUCUUCCUUUCCAGAUCUCCCUGCCACUAAUAAUUCUACAUGGUGAAGCUGAUAUUGUAACGGAUCCUUCAGUAAGCAAGGCUUUGUACGAAAAGGCAACCAGUUUAGACAAGAAACUACGCCUUUACAAAGAUGCAUAUCAUUCUAUUCUGGAAGGUGAAUCAGAUGAGAUGAUUUUUAAGGUUCUUGAUGACAUCAUAUCUUGGCUAGAGGAACACUGCUGUAGAAGAGAAAAUUAAUGAUUAGGUAUAUUUGAGUAUGUCCCUCUCAUUGUGCUAGUUUCAUAUUCUCAUCGACUUCUUGAUCAAGAAUAAGAAUGUAAAAAGGUCAGGACACUUGCUUAUAAAUUGUAGGUAGCUAAUCCAUUGUUGGAUGAAUUUAAGUAAGGAAUUAUGUAUGCUAACUUAUAUAACAUUCUCAUUCAUUUAAUUUCUGUUAGUUAUUUA